AUGGGGUACCAGCAGAAGAUCCUCGAGCAUUUCCGCAGCGCUUUGCCAGACACCACCGACCUCACCGAGGAUCAGGUGAGAAUCUUACUGAAUCAUCUGGGCAUUGAGCUCAGCGAAGAGCGUCUUCGAAAGUUGAUGGCAGCAGCAUCAGAUGGCAGUGGAAAGGUGACCUGUGAGAGGUUCAUCUCGUGGAUGUUUGGAUGCGAGGGCUCCGGCAAAGUCCCCGAUGCGCCCCCGUUGCCGGCGAAGCCGGCCGUUGCGCAGCCAGCACCGGUCCCUGCUCCGGCGCCAGUGGAGCCGAAGCUUCCGCUGGAAACGAAAAGGAGCUUGCAAAUUAUAGAGACCUCCGUUCAAGCGCAACUGCGGCAAAUCCUGGAACAGCACCCAUAUGUCGAACGUGGCGGUGCUGCUUCCCGCCACCCCGCGCAGCCUUUCGUAGAGAACUGUUGGAAGUGUCUUGAGCUGGGCAAGUAUGAGCAAGCUCAAGAGGCCCAGCGGGCGCCAAGGGUGAUGUCCUUGGCUUUGGAUCAGUGA